UUCUGCGUUCAGUAAUCAGUAGUCUCGUCGCCACCGUCUUGUGAGCACGUUUUUGCAAGAGUUCAAUUGCCCGCUCGAUGUGUUUUAAUAUUUAAUAUAAUAUUUAGUGAGACACGUCGACGACUUGGACGACGCUAAAACCCGACCAAAUCUGUUGUGACAAAAGUACCGUCGGUACUCCGCCUUAGCUGUGUUCGUGUAACCGAAAUUCGUAUUGGUUUUUUUAUUGGUUUUUUUUCAAAAACCUUCCGAAAACGCUGAUAACAGAGUCUCGACAACGACGACAGGUCGUCUAUCGUUGGUGUUUUGUCGGUCGGCCGAACCGAACCAAAUUGCACAACGGUGUCGACUAGUCUUUCUCACGAUGAAUCUGAUGUGCACAGAGUCGCAGACAGCGUCCGAAGACAGGUGUUUCGCCGAGGAUCGGACCAUUUUCCGGGACGAGCGAGCCGUCAAGAAGCUGUUGGAAACCGAGUCGCAGUACGUACCCGGGUGCGAUUACAUGGCUCACUCCCAUUCCAACUUGCAGCCGUUCAUGAGACGGGUGGUGGCCACGUGGAUGUUGGACGUAUGCGAAGAACAAAGAUGUGAAGAUCAAGUGUUUCCAUUAUCUGUUAAUUUUCUAGACAGAUUUUUAUGUGCUUGUGACAUAUCCAAAACACACUUACAACUCACUGGUGCAGUGUGUCUGUUAUUAGCAUCAAAAGUGCGACAAUGUACUGCGCUUUCUAUUGAACUCUUGUGCUACUACACAGAGAAUAGCGUCACUCCAGAAGAGAUGAGGGAAUGGGAGUUGUUAGUUAUUUCUAAAUUGGAAUGGAGAAUUGUAGCAGUCACCAGUUUCGAUUACGUGGAUCACAUUAUGGAACAAAUUAAGUGGAAAAGGCGGAAUGAUUCGAUGCUUAGGAGGCAUAUGUUGACGCUCAUCUCCUUCUGUUAUAUUGAACCCGAUUUCAUAGAGAAAAAACCGUCGGUGAUGGCUGCGUCGUGUACGCUGUCGGCCAUCCGCGGCAUCGACCCUUCAGCAGCCGCCGAGGUGGCCGCCGAACUGUGCGUUCUGUUGGGGUGCACCGCGGCCGAAGUGGACGAACACGUGUCGCUCAUCGACGCGCUAGUGGCCAGUACAACGGCCGCGGCCACGCCGGAAAAAUCGGAGAACAACAACCCCGCGUCUGAGCCUCCCGUCAAAAAGCCGUACCUCGUGCAGGACUGCGGCUUAACAGGCGGCGGUCGUCGGUAGUGCCGGUGACGCGUCCCGCGGCCACGGCGUUACAUGUAUGUGCGUUACAUGUCGGCGCGGCGGCAAAUGCAGGUAAAUAAGGAACGCGGUUUUCGCGCGCUUCCAUCCACCCGCACCGUCAACAGAUUGGUCGACGUAUUUUUUUUUUU